AUGGCAACGGGCGCUGAUGUGAGAGAUAUUCUAGAGUUGGGAGGAGGAGACAAUGAUGCAGGGCCAAUCAGCAAAAAAGAUAUCAUCAAUUCAGACAAGAAAAAAGCCAAAAAGGCCACAGAGACAUUGACUUUCAAGAGACCUGAGGGCAUGCAUAGAGAAGUCUAUGCCUUGCUUUACUCAGACAAGAACUUGUUGUCUUGCAGAGAUGCUCCUCCCCUCCUACCAAGUGAUACAACUCAGGGCUACAGGACAGUGAAAGCCAAGCUGGGCUGUAAGAGAGUGCGGCCAUGGAAGUGGAUGCCCUUCACAAAUCCGGCUAGGCGCGAUGGAGCUAUUUUCCACCACUGGAGAAGGGUUGCAGAAGAGGGCAAGGACUACCCCUUUGCCCGUUUCAAUAAGACUGUUCAGGUGCCUGUGUACUCGGAGCAGGAAUACCAGAUGUAUCUCCACGACGACGGGUGGACCAAAGCUGAGACAGAUCACUUGUUUGACCUGUGUAAACGCUUCGACCUGCGUUUCAUCGUCAUUCACGACCGCUACGACCACCAGCAGUACAGAAAACGGUCGGUGGAGGACCUGAAGGAGCGUUACUACAACAUUUGUGGCAAACUCACAAAGGUCCGGGCGGUCACAGGGAGCGAACCCAAGAUUUACAUAUUCGAUGCAGGUCAUGAAAGAAGAAGGAAGGAGCAGCUAGAGAGACUGUUCAAUCGUACCCCAGAACAGGUGGCAGAAGAGGAAUACCUGAUUCAGGAGCUGAGGAAGAUUGAAACCCGUAAAAAAGAAAGAGAAAAGAAAGCUCAAGACCUGCAGAAACUCAUCACAGCAGCAGACACCACCACAGAGAUGCGCCGAGCUGAACGCAAAGCCACUAAGAAGAAGCUGCCGCAGAAACGAGAGACAGAGAAACCGACUGUUCCUGAGACUGCAGGAAUCAAAUUCCCAGACUUCAAAUCUGCUGGGGUCACACUGCGUAGCCAGAGGAUGAAGCUACCCAGCUCAGUUGGACAGAAGAAGAUUAAAGCCAUUGAACAGAUCCUAACAGAACAGGGAGUAGAUCUGAACCCUAUGCCGACAGAGGAUAUCGUGCAGAUGUUUAACGAGCUGCGGAGCGAUCUGGUCCUGGUGUACGAGCUGAAGCAGGCGCACGCAAACUGCGAGUACGAGCAGCAGAUGCUGCGGCACCGCUACGACGCUUUGCUGAAGGCGGGCGGAGCAGCCACGCCCCAAGGAGAGGGCGUCACGCCCGACGGGCAGGUGUGGCCCGGCGCCGAUGACAUCAAGACAGAGGCCAAGGAGCAGAUCAUUGACGUGGUCGGAGCUCCUCUCACACCUAAUUCACGGAAACGCAGAGAAUCGGCCUCCAGCUCCUCAUCCAUCAAAAAGGUGAAGAAGCCCUGAUGUGGAUGGAUUUUAAAAAUCACUUGGACGUAUCGUGAAAGGUGGAAAGGUCUCUCAAAUCUUGAUUAGCGCUUCGCACAUCCAACUAGGGACUGCAGGAUGGAGUUUGGAAGAGAAGUCAUCCAUCACUCCCAGGGCAAAUGAUCAGGCCUUGCAAGGGGGGGGGGGGACCUCCUAAAUACAGCCCACACCCACACUCUGUCCACCCUCCUCAUCUCUUUAGCCCCUCUUCUUCCUCUUCUUCACUCUGUCCCUUACGUCUGCCGGACUCCACCGUCACCGUGACACAGACCACCACUGACAUCCCAAUCCAUUAUUCUCCUUCCACCUCCGUCCCGCCGCUGCGCCCCUGGCCCAGAUGAAGCCAGAUGAACUGUAAAUUGCCCCGGGAGAGCUAAUCGGCUCAUAGAAACAAGAAAGAAAGUAAGAGAGAAGGAACGAGAGAGAGGACUUCCUGUCUGACUGCUUCAGAGUAAGAGCACAAAGGCAAGCAAUGAGGAAAGGCUCGAAAUGUGUCGCUGGAAUGGGUGUUUUUUUCUG